AUGCCGUUGAUCUCACUCCGAGUGUCACCGAUAUUCGAAGCUCUCUCGUUUAAAUCCGUUCGCACCAAUUUCAAGAACCCAAUCUCUGCAUCGGCAUCAGCAUCAGCUAGGAUGGCGGGUCAGAAUAAGAAGAUAGAGAAGUUUGAGACGGAGGAGGAAGUGGCGGUGCGUUUGGCCAAGUACACCGCAGAUCUGUCCGCUAAGUUUGUGAAAGAGAGAGGGGCUUUCACCGUCGUUUUAUCGGGCGGCUCUCUCAUUGACGCACUCAGGAAAUUAGCGGAAGCACCGUAUAAGGAUUCGGUGGACUGGUCGAAAUGGCAUGUGUUCUGGGUGGAUGAGAGAGUGGUGAAGAGGGAUCACGUUGACAGUAACUACAAGCUUGCUCUUGAUGGUUUCCUCAGUAAGGUACCAAUUCCCCCGGGCCAGGUUUAUGCCAUUAAUGAUGCACUUUCAGCCGAGGGAGCAGCAGAUGAUUAUGAGACCUGUCUUAAACAUUUGGUUCAGCGGAAUGUGAUAGCCACUUCAAAAACUACUGGGUUUCCAAAGUUUGAUCUCAUGCUUCUGGGUAUGGGCCCAGAUGGACAUCUUGCUUCUCUAUUCCCCGGUCAUCCUCUUGUCAACGAGAAGAACAAAUGGGUCACUUGCAUUAAGGACUCACCAAAACCACCUCCAGAGAGGAUUACUUUCACCUUUCCAGUGAUCAACUCUGCUGCAUAUAAUGCAAUGGUAGUGACCGGUGAGGGAAAAGCUAGUGCUGUCUGCACAGCACUUGGAAAAAGUCGGCAUUCUGAAACUUUGCCUGCUCAGUUGCUUUCAGCUGAGGAUGAGUUAACUUGGUUUUUAGACAAGAGUGCAGCUUCAAACCUAUAA